GCGCGCGCGCCGCGCGUGCGUGGUGGCGGCGGAGGACAGCGCCACGGUGCGGCAGGUGGAGGCGGCGCUACGGGACUCCGUCGGCGCAGUGCAGCGCGUGGCCUCGGCGAGUGUCAUUGCCCCUGGCUCCUUCAACACAAUCGUCUUGUGCCACUCGCGUGGAGUGGACCCCGAUCGGCAAUUGGUGGACUUAGCCGCAGCGGUAGAUGUGAACAAGGAGGGGGUGGUUGUGCACGUGACGGAGCACGCGGAGGGCGUGCGCGAGGGCGAGCGCGAGGGCGUGCGCGAGGGCGUGCGCGAGGGCGUGCGCGAGGGCGUGCGCGAGGGCGUGCGCGAGGGCGUGGUUGCCGUGCGCUGCGGGGGGCGGGGAGGCCAAGAGCGGCGCGCGGCGGCGCUCGUCGAGGCGGUGGUGGCCUCCGCCGACCCCUCUGCCUUCGCCGGACAGACCUUCUUCUU